AUGGCCUGGUGCCUGCCAAGCGAUCAUCUCGCCAGUAACCGACUUGCUCUCAAACCCCCGGCAUCCUGCUGCGGUAUUGCCGCCAUCGCAGCAGCACGACGGCGAGCCUCCGACGCCGCCAACACCCACAGUAACGCGGCUGCAGCCACAUACUUGCCCUCGCUGUCACGGCGAAGCCGGGACCCACUUCCUCCGCUGGGCGCUAAGGCCACUGGCCUCCUCCCGCUGCGCGAGGGGCUCUGGUGCCUGCGACAGGACUUCACGUUGACGGAGAACAUUUACCUGAACACCCACAUCGUGCGGCUCCGCAGCGGCGGACUGAUGCUGAUUAAUCCCCCAGCCGCAACUGAGGAGGCGGUGGCCUUGCUCCGCAGCCUCACCGGCGGGGACCCGGACGGCAGCCGCGGCGAGGGGUCUGUUGCAGGGGGCUGUGGGCCCUGCGUGGAGCACGUGGUGUGUAUCAACCUGUCACCCGAACACUGGUAUAACGCACCGGACUGGGCGCCGUACUGCUCGUCCAACGCAACCCUGUGGACCGUGCCGGGCCUACUCCAGGGACGCAGCACAGCCAGCCUGCUGGGAGGCCCCGAGCGUGUACGACUUAUGAAGGAGGUGUACGGCAGGGUUUUGGAGCUGCCGGACGCGGGGCCGCUGCCGGGGCUCGAGUCGGAGGUGGAGGUGGCGACGUUUCACGAAUCGGGCGGCUGGUUUUCGGAGAGCACGCUGUGGCUCCGAGACCACCGAGCGGUGGUAUUUGGGGACAUGGGGUUUGCGGCGUACGACUACCGGCCCAGCAACGCCUUAUCGGUGCAGAUGGCGAAGAUGGUGGGUAUAUAUCAGCGGCUCGGCUGCCCCGUCAUUUACGUCAUGCUGCAAAAGGACCCCCGCGCCGCCCGUGCCUGGCUGGACCGUGUGCUGCGCUGGGAAGUGGACAAGGUGCUGUGCUCGCACCUGGAUGCGCUGGUGGUCGAGGGCGCAGCGGAGAUCCGCCGCUGCUUCGGGUUCCUACUGCGGUAG